AUGAAAGCUGCUCUGCCACUCACUGCUUUGAUCUCCGCAGCCAUUGCAUUUGAUGGUCGAUAUGGGACGAAUGGAAGCCCAGGUAAUAUGAGCGAGCAAGAAUGGCAAUCUGCCUUCGAGAAACCCAACGCAACUGGGACAUAUAAAUUUGAGGCGUAUAACGUAUCGGAAAGAUUCCCGCCCAACAAGACCGUUGAUGGCUGGAGGGCUACCAUCCGGGUAGCCAAUAUCACGGAUGACCCUGAGGACGAUACACCUUAUCCGGGCAUUGACAUCAGUGUUCAAGCACCAGAGGGAAUGAGGGUUCCAACGUUGAAUAGCAGCCGUACGAACUCUUCAGACUGGUAUGUCUGUGUUGCUUUCUGGGGACCCAGUCGUCUGAAGGAUGGAGCAACUGACGAUGCACAACACGACGAUGGAGACUGCAGUUCGUUCCUUGACGAAGAUUGCCUAAAGGCCUUGAACGCAGAAGCAGCUGGGUAUUACUGGAAUGGCGAGGAGUGCACAAUGCUGCCACAUAUGCCAGUAAAAUGCGAAAAGUAUUACAAAGACUACGGUCCAACGUAUGGUGGAGCUCCUGGGGCGAAUCUGAGCCAAUUUGAAAAGGGAAAGACUUUGAUUAGCCAACGUCCACAAACAGUUGGAAGAUACAAUGCAAUGACCCAGGAGGAGGCAUAUGACUAUGCCGUGCGUGGUGUUUGGACUGUAAUGAUCAACUGGGGUCGUCGUGACCCCGACACAUAUAGCCUGGACGAUGUUUUACAGCCCUCGCUGUUGUGCUUGCGCACCAGGAAUAUCACCAGAGGCAGUGAGGAUCCUAACGCUGGCACAAGAACAACUGGCUAUGUACCUAUGGCUGUUUUCUCAGCUUUGAUGGCUUCGCUGUUGUUGGUCUAUUGA